AUGUUGCUCCUUGGGCUUCUGCUACUGACCCUGCUGGCCGGCGCCCGCCUGCUGUGGGGCCAGUGGAAGCUCAGGAGCCUCCAUCUCCCACCUCUUGCCCCUGGCUUCCUGCACCUGCUGCAGCCCAACCUCCCCAUUUAUCUGCUUGGCCUGGCUCAGAAACUGGGGCCCAUCUACAGGCUCCGCCUGGGGCUGCAAAACGUGGUGGUGCUGAACUCUAAGAGGACCAUUGAGGAGGCCAUGGUCAAGAAGUGGGUGGACUUCGCCGGCAGACCCCAGAUACCAUCCUACAAGCUGGUGUCUCCGUGUGCCCAGGACCUCUCACUAGGGGACUAUUCCCUGCUCUGGAAGGCCCACAAGAAGCUCACCCGCUCGGCCCUGCUGUUGGGCAUGCGCAGCGCCAUGGAGCCUGUGGUGGAGCAGCUGACCCAGAAGUUCUGUGAGCGCAUGAGAGCCCAGGCCGGUGCCCCGGUGGCCAUCCAGAAGGAAUUCUCGUUCCUCACCUGCAGCAUCAUCUGCUACCUCACCUUUGGAGAGCAGGAAGAUACCGUAGUGCAUCUCUUUCACAACUGUGUCCAGGACCUGAUGAAAACCUGGGACCACUGGUCCAUCCAAAUUUUGGACAUUGUUCCCUUUCUCAGGUUCUUCCCCAAUCCCGGCCUCUGGCGGCUGAAGCAGGCUCUGGAGAACAGGGACCACAUUGUGGAGGAGCAGCUGCGGCAGCACAAGGAGAGCAUGGUGGCAGGCCGCUGGAGGGACAUGCUGGACUACAUGCUCCAGGGCGUGGGGGAGCCGAGCGCCGAGGCGGGCCCUGGGCAGCUCCUCGAGGGGCACGUGCAUAUGUCUGUGGUGGACCUUUUCAUCGGUGGCACUGAGACCACGUCGACCACCCUCUCCUGGGCUGUGGCGUUCCUGCUUCACCACCCUGAGGUUCAGCAGCGACUGCAGGAGGAGCUGGACCGCGAGCUGGGCCCCGGGGCCUGGGGCCCCCGAGUCCCGUACAAGGACCGCGCGCGGCUGCCCUUGCUCCACGCCACCAUCGCGGAGGUGCUGCGCCUG